AUGGCGGUCCCUCAAAUGAGCCCUCCUGUUUAUAUCAUUUACCGUGAUGUGCCUCCCGGCGAGCCAUACGAUGCCACUUCUUCCCUGGCCUUCUUCCCUCCAAAGGGUUCUGACGAGCUAUUCGAUGCCCUUCGUUCGGCUUUCCCCCACUUGAAGACCCACUCGGAGCGGACGCGAGAUGCGAUCAUCCAGUUCCUGCUCGAGGAAAGGCAAGGAGAGCAGUUCGACCUUUUGCCCGCUACCACUAUGGAGAGCUCGCAGCUCACCUGGCCAUCUGAGUCGUCUGGUUCUGCGUCGAUGUUCAGCAGCCCGGACAUGCCCGGCUUUGCUACACCAAAUUCCUCCAGCACCUCUCCCCAAACCGAGGGGGCGUCUAUGGCAGCAUCUAGCCAGCCCAGCCCACCCUCUCUCGACCAAAUGACGGGAGUCUUCAGUCUAUCUAGCAACCCUCAGCCAAAGCAGAGGGUGAGGCGGAAAAUGACCGAGGCGGAGAAGGUCGAGUACCGUAAACGAAGAAUUGUCAAAGCUUGCGAAAAGUGCGCAAAGAGGAAGCGCAAAUGCCCGCACAAUCAAGCCGAGAUGAAAACGAUCCCGACGCCCUCCACCAAGUCAAUCUCCCCGCCGGCGGCUGUGUCCGUUGAGCCGUCCAUGCGGCAGUCAGAUGCACCAUUCCUACACGCACUGGAUGAGAGCUUCGAUCCAACUACUCUUGGAAGCUUCGGGGACUUCAACAUGUUUGAUGAUCCUGUGCUACCAGAAGUUAGUGUUGAUGAUUUCUUCCACUUCGAACAUUUUGAGGAUACAAGCCCACUAUUCAACAAUGCGAACCACGAUCCAUUCAACCACUUCACACAACAUAAGGCCCUCGCGCACUUCUCCCGAAACGAUGGUAUCGAAGGUUCUUCGCGAUCGACACAAUCGGAUCACAGAGCUGAGAGUCCUUCGGCGACGACACACCAAGUUGGACCAUCAUCACCACUGGUAGAUCUGUCAUUCAAUAGGACGGACCCGCGAGCCCAAACGGAGACUCAUCCCUCACAGCGUGCUGUGAGUGACCCUCAUACGGGCGGUUUCCUCUCCGAAACAAGAGAAUUGAACAAUACCAUCGAGAGACAGUCUAGUCGCUUGAAAGACCAUCGUCGCGCGGAGUCAUUGGAUGUGCGGCAUCAUUUGACACAUGCAACAAGCAGUAACCGAGAUGAUACACUGCUAGACGAACCUUCGCAUCCUAACGACAUGUCUGAACGUCGUACUCGCCCGCUGAGGUYGUUCAGCCAUCAGGUGAUAGCGUCGAGCCAUCAACAGAGUGCAUUGACAUCUACCUCCGUGUCAACGCAGAGCGGGUCCUCCAAUACUCACCCCGCAACUCUACAAGGAAGGCCACAGCCACUAAGGCUGUCACGAAACUCGGAUACCAACGAAGGUGCUAGAAAUCAACGCACGUUGGGUGAAGGCUUACGUCGCGAAGACGAUAUCGGGACCGAGCUGUUUAGGCUUCGGAGACGCAUUCCCGAAAUGGGACAACAGACGCAACAGACGUCGCGUGGAGCCAUCCUGCAAACCAAUUCUGACCAGAACCUCAGAGGACAACAAUCCCCUGAGCAGCUCUCUGCUCAAGCAAAUGGCGGUGGCGUCACCAAGACAUUGUACUCUAACAAUGAUGCUGGAGCGGCCCAUCGUCGUCCCACCAAUGGUGCUAUGGCUGGAUCGCAAAUCGCAAUCCCCAGCCCGCGUAUUCAGAUCACAGCAGGCGAUCAUCAAGAGCGUCUGUCAGAUCAUGUGCGCUACAAGGACCACCAUGGCAGACCGCAGCAAGGAGCCAGCUUCCCUCAGUUUGCUUUUGCACUUGGAGCAAUCGCGCUCCUCGCCAUGUUCUCUCCGAGCAUUUCUGCUUUGGGUCUGGCGCUCCUGCUCACUCUGCACUCUUCGAGUCCAGCAGACAGUUCAGCAGGAAUUGUCCAGUGCACGACGAAGAACAGUCCCUGGCUUUCGACGGAACAGAACAAGUUCGCAGACAUUGGAUUCCGAGUUUUGAAGGAGCGGCAACAUCUCCGUGGAAGCAGCUCUCAAUCCGGACAAGGCUUGUUUGAAGAUGGACCCGGUGCAUGGCUGAUGGGACUGAUGUAUCCUUUCAGAUUGGCGCCCGUCUCGUUUGCUUUUGUCUAA